AUGAAGUACAUGCGCUAUAAGCCUGUGGGGCCGGGGGAACUCCCAACUCUCAAGGAGCUCAGCAACAGUGAAAUCUGGAAAAUCUGGUCUGGAGCAUCUCGCUACAUCCACAGACAGCUCUUGCAGAAGAAGGCAGUGGAGAUUGGAGUUGGGACAUUUGCAAUUGUCCCAGUGCAUGCCAGUGUGGAAGAGGGCAAGGUUUUGACUGUUGAGAGACCUGUGUUCAUUACACUGCAUACUCUUCCCUUUCUCCCACUUGCAGUCAGCGUGCUGGAUCCAGUGUUCCUGGCUCGGCGGAGGGUUUCCCAGGCCAGCCAGCAGUCAAUGGAACCUGAUCAGCCUAAACACAAGGAGGCUGGCCGAGGAGGAUUCCUGCCUGGAAUCCAAGAGAAGACCGAUAAGAUGCUAAUUCACCCCACACCUCAAUCUGAGUCACGGUCAAAGCUCCCCGAAUGUGCUCCGCGACCCUCAGCAAUGGGAAUGCACUCCCUCUACAAUGAGAGGGAAGAAAGAGAGCUCCAGCUGCUGAUGGCAUCCAGGCGCCAUGAGGUGGAAGGUGAAGUGUGGCGCAAAUACUUUGGCAACCGAACGAGACAGGAGACAGAGCAAGGACAGACCUCCUGCCCCUACGUGUUUGAGGAUCCCUAUCGCCCUCCCUACCUCCUGAGAAAGGCCUACGCUGAGAAGCUGAAGGAGAAGGGGCGAAGCACGGCAAGGCAGAGCACAUUAGAGCAGCAGGAAGAGCUGCAGCUCCCGAGGAAAGUACUGGAAGACAAGGGGGUGCAGACAGGUCUGUUGGAGCACCGUUGGGACGGCCCAGGGACUGCCAGCCUUGGCAAGAAGAUGUGAGCAGCCCCAGAGAGACCCUUGUCACAGCAUCCACCCUUUUCAACGAGAGAGCUGCCAGGAAUGGGUGGCAGGGGCAAGGAAUGCCUUAGCAAAGGAGAACAUGCCAAAUAGAGGCUGCUGGUACCUGAUCCCAGCUGCAGUGACCAUGCUCCUGCCUUCACUCCCUUUCUCUGCAGGCCAAGGGGACAUGAGGGGCCCCUGCAGCCCCCUGGCCAAGGGGCAAAUGGGCUGGAGGUACCUGGUCCUGUCAACCAGUGGUGACAGGCUGUGGGACUGAAAAGAGUGGUGUCCCUUCCAGGCUAAAGGGCAUGGGGCUUCAAAGCACAGCUGUCCUGCAUCCAAACACUGCUUCGUAGGGAUAACCAGAGGUCUGUGACUGGUCACAGCACUGUUGGUACAGAUUCGUUCUGGCCAAAGAAAACAGUUGGCUUGAUGCUCCUUGAAGAGCUACACUGACAUGGAGAAAUGUGCUUUAUUGAUGACAGUCUUUUAGUUGAGCCCUUAGCUGACCCUCAGGAACUCUUCAGUGGCCUUCUUCGGAGAAAGUUUAUUCAUUUCGAAAGAGAGAUACUUUUAAAAGUGCCAAAGCCCUUUUUUUUCAAGGAAAACUACAGUAUGAAGAAAGGCCUAACCUGGAAUGUUAAAAGCACUAGCAGCAGCAGCAGUUUCUGAGGCUCACCUUUUCUAGCUGAGGAAACCUCAGUCAGGCCUGAUCACAUUCAUCUCUGCAAUGAGGAACCUCCAUCAGCUCUGUGUUCCUGUGUGCC